ACAAUGCGGACUCAAAACAGUCGAAGUUAAAGAGUUAUUAGCUUUUACGUCGAGGGUUUAGUAAGGGUUUUUGUCGUCAAAGCAGUCAUGACUGAACAAGCAGUGGCGAUAUUGAAUCCACGUAAGCGCUGUGCAGAGCAUAGACACAAAAAGAAAACAAAGAAAACGACUGCAGAUUUAAGUAAAACAUUAAAACCUAAACAAGACUCGGAAGAUUUGUCUGAACAAGAAAAUAUUAACGAAAUUUCUGGGUCAGAUAAGUAUUUGUUUGGAGAAGAGGAUGGAAGCGAAGAAGAGACAAAUGGGGGUUUUAGAAUCUCAAAUGGAGUCUCUAUAACUAUUGCAGAAGAAAAAGAAGAAGAGGAAGAAGAAGAAGAAGAAGAGGAAGGUUAUGCAGGAAGUAGUGAAGAGGACGAAGAUGAGGAUGGGAGCAAUAUAUACGGGGAGAAGAAGGGAAUUCUCUUUACUGAGGGUUCGAAUGCUUUUUGUGCGGCGUUCGCCAAAAUUAUGGAGAAGAAAGUUGCAGACGAUGCACUGGGGCCUGUUUUGUCUGCACAUAAGAAACUUAUUGCAAAGAAGCUUGAUGAAGAAGCUAACGAAUUGAAGGCCAAGAGUGAGGCCAAGAAGGAGAAGCGUCUGAUCAGAGAGAAGGGGCAUGUGAAACCAGAAAACUUUUUGGAUGGAAAGGAAAAAUCCCUCAUUAGAUUGGCAACAAAAGGAGUGGUAAAGUUAUUUAAUGCGGUUAGCAAGGCACAGAGUGUCCAGAAUGCAUUUGAUGUGUCAAAAUCCAAGGAGGCAAAAGUUGCUACAAAGGAAAGCAAAGCAGCAUUCCUUUCUGAGUUACGUGGUGCAUCAAGCUCUGUUAAGCCUGGACAAAUCAGUUCCAUGAAGACACCUUCAAAGCUAAUUGCGCAGGAAGCAAAGAAUGAACAAAACAAUGCCACAAAAGAACCUAGAUGGGCUCCCUUGCGCGAUGAUUUUAUGCUCACAAGCUCAAAACUCAAGGACUGGGAUAAAAUGCCGGAUGCAGCUGCAGACAUUGCAGAAGAAAUGCAGGGUGGUGAUAGUGAUAACUCUUCUGAUGAGGACUAAACUGGGCAUAAAUAAUAUGCAUAGGAAUUUGCUUCCCAUUGUCGGUCCCUCUAGUAUUGGUUGCAGAGAUUGCUGACAAAAUAAAAAUAUUUGAUCAUGUACAGCAUGGCCUGGAGGCUUCUCUGAACAAUUUCUAUGAUGCCUGCAAGGAACAACUACUCGAAGUAGCAGAACUCUCAAUUUUUUGCAGCCUUCAUUUAGAAUGCUGAAAGUAGAAUUUUCAAUCUCUAGUAUGAAGUGAAUGAUACUUAUCCAAGUUAUAGAGUUGACACUAAUACAGAGAUCUCUUAUAAGAGUCAUUUGAUGUGCUGUAUUCAAAUAAAAAUGCUAACAUGGAUAUGAAUAGAUUCUUUUGGGAUCUCGAUUGUUUAGUAGAUGUACGGAGUGGAUUCAAAUUGAAAAUAGGCCACCAUGUUAUCUUAGAUUUUAAUAUUUUAUCAACUUCAAUGAUUCAAUUCAGGUUGAUUCGGGUUGAAAUGUUUUCAUAUGAAUCAUUUUCUGAUUCAUAUAUCCCAAAUUCAAGACUAUUGUAUUUUUCACAUUAUCCUCCAUUGAAUGCAGAUCAUUGAUAUUUAUAGUUGCUUGGAAAUGAGAAUACAUUUUUUAGUGUAA